GAGGCGACGACAUCACCACAUGCUACAGCUGACAGUCGCGCUUCUGAUGACGUCUUUCCGGGUUGUGCUGAACCCGUUGUCACACGUGGAAUAUAACUGAAAAGAAAAGAAGGUUAAAAUCGGGCUUGGAAAUCUGUUGUAUUAUAUUUUACACCACAAUCGUCGGCUAGGACCAGACCGCCAACAUGGUGAAGCCACUGUUCAAGGGGAAAAGCACGAUAAACACCUCGUCGUCCAGCAGCAACCCGGAUCGACCGAAGGGAGCUGGUGGCAGCCAUAUGAGGGACCGGACUACCAUCAAGCGUCUGAACAUGUACAGACAGAAACAGCGCUGUAACAAUCGGGGGAAAGUUAUCAAACCGCUACAGUACCAGUCCACCGUUGCCCCGGGAACGGUUGCCCGGGUGGAGCCCAACAUUAAGUGGUUCAUGAACACGCGCGUGAUCAAGCAGUCCUCCCUGCAGAAGUUCCAGGACGAGAUGGGCGCGGUGAAGAAGGACCCGUACCGCGUGGUGAUGAGACCCAGCAAAGUCCCCAUGUCCCUGCUACACGACCGGGUCAAAGCGCAUAAUGCGAAGGUGCACAUCCUGGACACGGAGACGUUUGAGACCACGUUUGGGCCGAAGGCCCAGCGGAAGCGGCCCAGCCUGGGGGCGGGGGACGUGCAGGACCUGGCGGAGCGGGCCGAGCUGCAGGCGGAGAGCUACAGCGCUGACAACGACCGCGACCGUGUGACCGAGGACUGCGGCGUGCGGGACGAGAUGAGAGAGGAGAUCUUCAAGAAGGGCCAGUCCAAGAGGAUCUGGGGAGAGCUCUAUAAGGUGAUCGACUCCUCGGACGUGGUCAUCCAGGUGCUGGACGCCCGGGACCCCAUGGGCACGCGGUCGAAGAGCAUCGAGACGUACCUGAAGAAGGAGAAGUCCUGGAAGCACCUCAUCUUCGUGCUCAACAAGUGUGACCUCAUCCCCACCUGGGUCACGAAACGCUGGGUGGCACUGCUUUCCCAGGAGUACCCGACGCUGGCCUUCCACGCCAGCCUCACCAACUCCUUCGGCAAGGGCUCCCUGAUCCAGCUCCUGCGGCAGUUUGGCAAGCUCCACGGGGAUAAGAAGCAGAUCAGCGUGGGCUUCAUCGGGUACCCCAACGUGGGCAAGAGCUCCAUCAUCAACACCCUGCGCUCCAAAAAGGUCUGCAACGUGGCGCCCAUCGCCGGGGAGACCAAGGUGUGGCAGUACAUCACUCUGAUGCGGCGCAUCUUCCUGAUUGACUGCCCGGGCGUGGUGUACCCCUCCACUGACAGCGAGACCGACAUCGUGCUGAAGGGAGUGGUCCAAGUGGAGAAGAUCAAGAACCCGGAAGAGCACAUCGGAGCGGUUCUGGAGCGGGCCAAGCCGGAAUACAUCCGGAAAACCUACCGGGUCCCUGUCUGGAGCUCGGCCGAGGACUUCCUGGAAAAGCUGGCGUUCCGAAUGGGAAAACUCCUGAAGGGGGGCGAGCCGGACCUCCCCACAGUUUCCAAAAUGGUGCUGAACGACUGGCAGAGGGGGCGGAUCCCCUUCUUUGUGAAGCCCCCCAUCACUGAGACAGACGAGGAGAGGAGGGUGAGACUCGCUGCCCUGCCAGGGGCCACACAGGAACAGGAAGUGAGCCCCGCCCAGGAAGAGGGGGUGGAGCCUGUGCCCGAGGGGGCGGAGCCAGAUGCCCAGACAUCGCAGCAGGGGGCGGAGCCUGUGCAGAAGAUCCAGGUCUCCUUCCACCAGAACUUCGGCCGCAUCAACGUGGUGCCCGAGUUCACUGACGAGGACCUGGUGCCCGUGGAGGUGUCGGACAUCUCCGACCUGUCAGAUGAGGAGGAGGAAGAGGAGGAGGAGGAGGAGGGUGGGGAGAAGGAGGAGGAAGAGCAGAAAGUUGAGCAGGCCGGGGACUCCGCCCCCGCCCCUGCAGACAGCAGGAGCUCCCGGGAGGUGGUCCGAGCUCUGGACGAGAAGAUCGCCAAGUACAAGCAGUUCCUGUCGCGCGCCCAGUCCAAGAGGUUCUCCGCCAUCCGAAUCCCCAAGGAGCUCUCCGCGACCAUGCGCCCGCCAGUGGAGCGGCAGAGACCGGCGCCCGCAGAGCCACGCCCACAAGUGAGCACAGCAGUGGGCAGGAAGAGGAAGUUGAAGGAAGACGGCGAGCCGGGGCCCGUGUCCAAACAGACGUCCAAAGAGAGGAGAAGGCAGGAGCGCGCUCAGAAGGCCAGGAAGGUGGGUGUGCGGUACUACGACACGCACAACGUCAAGAACAAGAACAAGGACAGGAAGAUGCCCAGAGAGGCCCAGGGCAAGGGCAACAAGAAGGCCAAACACUAGCCCAGCUUCCCCGGCCUACGACCCCAGCCAGUGCUCCCGUCAAAUGGACCCUGUGCCUCCCGUUUGUGUCCGUCUCUCCUGGCGUCUGUCUCUCCUGGCUUUUAGCCCGCGCGUUUCACGACGCCUGCCUUAACCCUCCGCUGAUCCCGGGAAGGAGUGAUGAGACUCGGACAGUGUUUCUGCGUGAGGAGCGUUUAUUGUACACACCGUUUAUAAUCCCAUUGAGUGGAUACGCAUGUACAGUCUCAAAUGCAAUAAAAACAUCAACAAUG